CUCUUUCUUUCCCCAUCCCUCUUUUUUUUUUUUUUUUACCCAAAAAAUAAAAAAAAUACGGAACACAUAAACCAGGACAAACAGAAGAGGAACACUCUCCCCUGCUCUCUCUCUCUCUCUCUCUCUCUAUCUCUCUACACACACAAACCCCAACCAGAAUCAAACCCUAGAAAGCAACGAUCCCACUUCCUCCUCCUCCUCCUCCCGGCUUACCAAUUAUAUGCGAGAGUUGCGGUGCGUGCAUGCGCGAGAGCUCAUCUGGUAGAUCAAUCGAGCGAGCUGCUGUUUAGGUAGCAUGAGCGGUGCGGCGGGAAGCAGCCGCGGCGGCGGAGGAGGAGGGAGCGGCGGCGGCGGCGGAGGGGGAGGGAGCUUGGGCGGGCCGUGUGGAGCGUGCAAGUUUCUGAGGAGGAAGUGCGUCCAGGGAUGCAUCUUCGCGCCCUACUUCGAGUCGGAGCAAGGGGCGGCGCAUUUCGCGGCGGUGCACAAGGUGUUCGGGGCCAGCAACGUGUCGAAGCUGCUCCUCCACAUCCCGCUCCACAAGCGCCACGAGGCCGUCAUUACCAUCUGCUACGAGGCCCAGGCCCGCCUCAGGGACCCCGUCUACGGCUGCGUCGCCCACAUCUUCGCCCUCCAGCAACAGGUAGUGAAUCUGCAAGCGGAGCUGUCCUACUUGCAAGCCCACAUGGGAACGGUAGAGGUCCCGCCUCCACCGCCGGCCGCACUCCUCGCAGCGCCGGCUCUAACGAUCGCCGAUAUCCCGGCCGCUUCAAUCCCCGCCAGAUACGACCUCUCCUCGCUAUUUGAUCCUCUGGUGCAAUCCUCGUGGGCGGCCAUGCAGCAGCAGCAGCAACGUGCCGCGCAGCAAUUGGAGCCACGCCAUCACCAGUUCGGAGGAAGCGGCGGCGGCGACGGAGGAGCCAUGGCAUCAUCGUCGUACGGCACUGGCGGCGGCGAUCUCCAGUCGUUGGCGCGUGAGCUGCUUAGUAGGAACGGCUCUCCGCCUCGUGGGGGUCCCAUAAUGCAUUGUAACGACGCCUUGUCGUCAUCGCCCUCUAUCUCAAAGUGAGCGAUGGCGUCCCAAGAACAAAAAAAAAAAAAAAAAAGGAAGGAAGGAAGGAAAAUGAGGCUGAUCGAUCUUGCAUGGUCGGUCGGUCACGGCCAUGAUGGCAUGGGUGACUUGAUUGUGUAAUUUGCAGCGGAACUUGUGUACUGAUUGGAAAGAGACAAGAGAGUAAAGGUGGUUCGGUGGACUGGAAAUGCAUGGCGGUAUUUUAACAAAAACUAAAGCAGCAAAGUUCAGCUUCAUUUUUUUUUCUCCUUAUAAAAUACAAUAUAACAGUGAAA